AUGCUCAUCAGAACGACCUGGAUGACACUAUAUAAAGACGUACCGUUUGACGGUCGUUUUGUAGUGUCGAAUCCCGGUAAGCAGUGGGUGCACGUGGUUGCCCUUGAGAACCGCACAUAUGGGGACAUGAUUGUGCUCGAUCAUAUUCCGGAGGACGAUAUCACUGCGAACACAAUCAAGACGCUUGAGUUCUACAAGUGGCUUGUCACUGUCAGCCCCCACAAGUACGAAUUCGUUUCGAAGAUGGAUACAGACUUGUGGUUGAACGCUCGGGGAUUCUGGGAUCGAUUCAUGCUCCCGAGGUUGUCGAUGAACAAUGAGACUGGAAGGCUGGAGAGAAGUGUCACUCGGACAGUAAUAGGAGAGCUUUACUACUCUCCGUACUGGGACCUCGUCUUUCCCCAUGGGGCUAUGUAUACCGUAACAUGGGAUAUGGUCGAGCUCCUUUCAUCACUGCAGGACAAGUUUAACGUUGUCACGGGCGAGGACAUGGCAAUUGCGACCCUUAUGCUGAAGGGGCAUGAGAGAGCCAACUUUGUCAACUUCAAAGGCUCGGAAAAGUUCGAUUAUAGUGACGAAGACGCUCGAGCAGAUGGCUCAGCAUGGGCCAGAGAAAGAACGCACCCGAACUCUAUUUCUCACGCGAUUGUGGGCGAGAAUCCUAUCGCAGUUCAUCAACUGAAGGACGAGACAUUGUGGUUGAAGGUCGCCGACUGCUUUAACGAAGACGGAAUCAAACAAAACUUGGAGACUUUGUAUCAGUCGGGUAAUACCGAAGACCUGGAGAUAUUCAAACUACUUCCUCUUACUCUAACCACCAUGUCUCCGACCGUCGUUCUCAUUAGCGGUGCAAACCGUGGCUUAGGCCUAGGGCUGCUUCAGCGUUAUCUUGCCCUGCCGAAUCAUACUGUAAUCGCGGCGAAUCGUGAUCCGUCUCACCCUACUUCCCAAGCCCUCAAGGACUUACCCAAGGCCGAGGGCACCAGCCUGAUUGUUGUCAAGAUUGAUGCGACCAGCGAACAUGAUGCGCAAAAUGCAGUCAAGGAACUUCAAGAAUCUCAUGGCGUAGAGCACUUGGACAUCGUUGUUGCCAACGCAGGCGUCUCAUACAUCUGGCCCCCGGUUGCCGAACUUGAUAUUGCGGACCUGAAAGGACACAUAGAACCCAACGUGUACGGCGUCAUACGGCUCUUCCAAGCUACGCGUCCGUUAUUGAAGAAGUCGCCAAGAGAACCCAUAUUCGCCCCGGUGGGAUCUAUAGCCGGGCGCCUGGUAAACCAGCCGCCCAUCCCCAACGCCGCUUACGGUCCGUCGAAAGCAGCGUUGCAUUGGUUUGGAAUCAGGAUCAACGCCGAAGAGGACUGGCUUAAUUCCUUCAUUUUGGACCCUGGAUGGACCCAGACUGAUCUUGGAAACGCGGGAGCUCGGGCAUUUGGGCUGAAAGAGGCACCCGUCGGGAUCGAUGAGUCCUGUGACGGAAUGGUAAAGGUAUUCGCUACGACUACCAAGGAGAAGCAUGGAGGGAAGAUGGUCUCAUACACGGGCGAGCUUUCUGAAUUUUGA